AUGCGCCUAACAGGUCAGGCUAACCCCCGAACUCCUGAUAUCGUUGACAGAUUUCAGCAGUUGAAUCCACCUAUCUUUCAAGGCAAAGCAGGAGUCGACCCAAGUGAGAGCGAAUAUUGGAUUGAGAAAAUUGAGAAAAUCUUUAAUUUUAUCGGCUACGGUGAGGGGGGAAAAGUAGGAUGUGCCACUUUCAUGCUUCAGGAUGAAGCAGAUCAGUGGUGGAAGACCCUACAAAGGACCCUACAAGGAUCCAGGGACAAGAGCCGGGAGUUCAUGGAUCUAAAGCAAACUGGAAAUAUGUUUGUUGCUCAGUAUGAAGAUCAUUUUACUCGGCUGAUCAAGUACAUGCCCAUUUACAAUUUGGAUGAGGAAGCAAAGGCCCAGAAAUUCCUCAGAGGGUUGAAGUUGGAAAUUCGGCUAGCAUUAAGGUCUUUUGGGGAACGUACUUACGCGGAGGUGGUUUCACAAGCCCUGAACGUGGAAAGCAACCUCCAUUGA